AUGAUGGAAUCGGGUGCUAGUCGGCACCUGGUACUAAACAGUAUGGUGCUAUACGACUGGACAGCGUGCUACAAUCUAGAGAGAUUCACGCUUCCAGACAGCAGCACGCUGCGUGUGAAGAAACACGAUAAAUUUAAUCUGCGCGUGAUGGUGGACCAGAAGAACGUCAGGAUCGAUCCGAGCGACGUAUGCUAUGUGCCGCAUCUUGCGAUCAAUCUCAUCUCCCUCGUUACACUAGAGCUGCGAGGAUGUCGUCUGGGGGACAACAAACAAGCAAAGAGCGCGCAGCCCAAAAAAUACAGCCGUCGUGACGCGCCUAUCAAUGUAUUCGGGAGUGUAAAUUGCAGUGAUUCAAAGGGACCGAUAUUACUAAUGGAAAAGAAGAAGAACCGGUUGUUGAUCAACAUUGUGGAUCACAAGAUAAGCUGCGUGCGGGUCUUCAUGGAAAAGACCAAAGACCAGGCCGCGAAGAUGUUCGAACACUUUUUUGUAUCUUCGAGAGGCAGUUAA